AUGCGUGUCCUCGGUCUUGUCACCGUCGCUUUCGCGGCCUGGUCGGCUGCCCAGGAAUGGGAUCCCAUGCUCUCUGCCAACGACAGCAUCGUGCAGAAGCAUAUGCUGGCGCGAUCUAACAUGAUCACGCUAGAGAAGCGUCAGCGACAAGAUUACGAUUUCCGGCAGAACAUGUCGUCCGUGGCGCGAGAGGCCGACGCCCUGGUGAAGGCUAUUCGCCAGGAGGAGAUUGACGACUACUGGCGACACUACGCCGUGCUGCAGAACCACACGGACGAGCGCUUCGCCGGCAUGAUGUUCCCUCUGGCGCGCCCGUACAUUGCCGAAACCAAGUUGUGGCGCAUUGUCAGGCGCAUGCCCAAGGGCGCGUUACUGCACGCGCAUUUGACGGCUAUGUUGCCCUUCGAUGUGCUCCUGGAGACCGUGGUGAACACCGAGGGCAUGGUGGUCAGCGCCUCGCAGAGCCUCGACACCCCCGAGAGUCGCGAGAAUGCCACCAUCGCCUUCUCGCACGUUAACGAGACCCUGUCCGCCGGUGCAGACAUCACCUCGGCUGACUACGUGCCUGACACGAAGGUGCUGGUGACCGACGUCGUCAGCACAUUCCCCGGCGGCCAGGACGGCUUUUUCGCAUUCGCGAAAACCAAGAUGGAGGUGCAGCCCGAAAACUCCAUCCAGCACGAGCUAGGCGUCGACGAGAUUUGGCGUCGCUUCCAGGACAUGUUCGACCCGGCCGGUACGCUGUUGACCUACGAGCCUAUCGUGCGCACCUUCUACCAGCGCCUAUUUGGCCGCCUCGCCGCGGACGGCAUCAACUGGGUCGAGAUCCGCGCUGGUGGAUCUAGUGGCAAACUGGUGCACGAGGGCGACGAAGACCCCGACCCGAGCCUUGACGCCUGGUGGACGGUGUUGGAAGAGGAACUGCAGAACUUCAAGGACAGCGAAAACGGCCGCAACUUCUGGGGCGCGCGAGUGAUCUGGUCCGACUGGCGUGGCGGCACGAAUGCGGCGCUGAGCCGAAGCAUGAAGAUCGCGCUGGAACGCAAGCUAAAGUUCCCCGAGCUUUUCAGUGGCUACGACGUGGUUGCGCAGGAGGAUCUGGGCCGCACCCUGGCGGAUCUGGCGCCGGAGCUGCUCUGGUUCCAGGAACAGGCGGCGAACUUGAACGUCUCGGUGCCCUUCUUCUUCCACGCGGGCGAGACGCUGGGUGAUGGCAACUCGACUGACCUGAACCUGGUGGAUGCCCUGGUGUUCGGCACGCGUCGCAUCGGUCACGGCUUUUCGCUGUACAAGCACCCUCACCUGAUCGAGCAGGUGAUUGAGAACGGCGUCAUGGUGGAGGUGUGUCCCAUCUCCAACGAGGUGCUGCGUCUGGCGACGGAUAUCCUGCACCAUCCCUUGCCGGCGAUGAUCGCGCACGGAGUGCCCACGGCCAUUAGCAACGACGACCCGGCCAUGCUGGGCCAGGAUGCUGCCGGUGUAAGCUACGACUUUUACCAGGUGAUUCAAGGAUUCGACAACGUGGGACUGGCUGGUCUGGGCGCUCUCGCACAGAACAGUAUCCGGUGGUCGCACUUCGAGGAUCAGUCGGACGACCAGUGGAUCAUUGACAUCGACCAGGGCGAGAACGGUGAUGGGAUCAAGGCCCAGCGUCUUCAGCAGUGGAAGCAGGAGUGGGAGGAGUUCUGCCAGUGGGUGGUCAGCGAGUUCGGAUCGCAGGCAGCAUGA